CUGGUGAAGAACACCAAGGGCAACACACUGAAGGAGGACUGGAUCGCCUACAUCUCCCGUGAGAUCCUCAGGGUGUGUCUCCAUUUACUCCCUACACAUCCCCCCUGCUGUUGCAUGCUGGUAUCUGUGGUCUCAUGAUGGUCUGUGUUUCUCCUCAGGGGUUGGCUCACCUGCACGCCCACCAUGUGAUCCACCGUGACAUCAAGGGCCAGAACGUGCUGCUGACUGAGAACGCUGAGGUCAAACUGGGUGAGUUCACUGGUUUCAACCGGUUUAAGAUGAUUUGAUACAAGAGGCUAGACUGGUUUAAACUGGUUGAAAUUAGUCUGAUUCAAACUGAGGCUGGUUUGAUACAUGAUACAUGGGACUAGACUGGUUUGAACUGGUUCUGACUGGUCUUCUCUCCCCUCCUCCAGUGGACUUUGGUGUGAGCGCCCAGCUGGACCGGACGGUGGGCCGGAGGAACACCUUCAUCGGGACACCCUAUUGGAUGGCGCCCGAGGUCAUUGCCUGCGACGAGAACCCAGACGCCACCUACGACUACAGAGUAAGAUGCACUCAAUAACACCAUGCUGCUUUCUGCUAAUGGCUGUCAGUGUCCAGUUGUGUGUGAAGUUGGUUGAUUGAUAGCUGCUUGCGUUUGUGCCAUUGUAUGUGGCUGUGUAGGCUGAUGGGACAGUACAGUAGCAGGUUGGGGCAGAUGUUGUCAUGACCAGAGAGGGUGGUAAUUACCAUCCUAUAUAGAUUCAUACACACACACAAUGGUAGCUGUGUGUUUUCUCCUGCAGAGUGACUUGUGGUCCACUGGAAUCACAGCUAUAGAGAUGGCUGAGGGAGCUCCUCGUAAGUACAACCACUCUAUUUCUAUUGGACUUCUACACUACUAUUUUUCCCAGCGGGCUAACCUGGUUGAAAUUAUCUGUGUUUGUUUUCCUUUGUCUGAUCUGUGUGUAUGGUCUUGUCUUCCAGCGCUGUGCGAUAUGCAUCCAAUGAGAGCGCUCUUCCUCAUCCCCAGAAACCCUCCUCCUCGACUCAAGUCAAAGAAAUGGUAUGUAACUAAUCUAUGCCCUUAUGAUUUCAGACAUUUAAACCACCAUUUUACAAUCCCACUGUGAAAAAUGAUACUGGUGAAACUCCUUCAUAGCUCAGCUGACAUCACCUGGUAGAUACAGCAUAGGCUCAUAAAAGUAACAUGUCUCCUCUCCUCAGGUCUAAGAAGUUUUGCAGCUUCAUCGAGGGCUCCCUGGUGAAGAACUAUACCCAGCGUCCCCCCACCGACCAGCUGCUGAAACACCCCUUCAUCAGGGACCAGCCCAAUGAAAGGCAGGUCCGCAUCCAACUCAAAGACCACAUCGACCGCACCAAGAAGAAGAGGGGGGAGAAGGGUGAGUCUUAGAGACAUACUAAUACACACACACACACUAGUCUUCUCGAAGACCUCUUCUUCAGAACACAUUUAAAACAUUCUCACCCUUUCCUCUCUUCUCUAGAUGAGACAGAGUAUGAGUACAGUGGGAGUGAGGAAGAAGAGGAGGAAGCUCAGGAGCAGGAGGGGGAGCCCAGGUAACUAACCCACAUAGAUCAAUCCCAAAAAAUAGCCAACAUACUAAUAGCAAAUGCAUUAGCUAACAAGUAUUUUUGGUCCAUAGCGCUCCUUACUAACGUAUCUCUUUGUCCUGUAGCUCCAUAGUGAACCAGCCAGGGGAGUCAACCCUGCGUAGGGACUUCAUCCGUCUGCAGCAGGAGAACAAGGAGCGCUCGGAGGCCCUGCGCAGACAGCAGCUCUUGCAGGAGCAGCAGCUCCGGGAGCAGGAGGAGUACAAGCGCCAACUACUGGCAGAGAGGCAGAAACGCAUCGAGCAGCAGAAAGAGCAGAGGCGGCGGCUGGAGGAGGUAUGAGAGAGCGAGUCUGUGUGUGUCUACGUUUAUGUGUGUGUGUUCUUCCACCCUGUUUAAUGGUGUGUGUGUUUGUUCCUUUUACUCUGCACCUAUAAAUUGUGUAUGUAUGCAUAACGUGUGUGUGUGUGUGCUAGAACAGUCAACAAAUCAAAUCAAAUCAAAUUUUAUUGGUCACAUGCGCCGAAUACAACAGGUGCAGACAUUACAGUGAAAUGCUUACUUACAGCCCUUAACCAACAGUGCAUUUAUUUUAAACAAAAAAGUAAGAAUAAAACAACAACAAAAAAGUGUUGAGAAAAAAAGAGCAGAAGUAAAAAUAAAGUGACAGUAGGGAGGCUAUAUAUACAAUAGAAUAAAGUGACAGUAGGGAGGCUAUAUAUACAGGGGGGUACCGUUGCAUAGUCAAUGUGCGGGGGCACCGGCUAGUUGAGGUAGUUGAGGUAAUAUGUACAUGUGGGUAGAGUUAAAGUGACUAUGCAUAAAUACUUAACAGAGUAGCAGCAGCGUAAAAAGUAUGGGGUGGGGGGGCAGUGCAAAUAGUCCGGGUAGCCAUGAUUAGCUGUUCAGGAGUCUUAUGGCUUGGGGGUAGAAGCUGUUGAGAAGUCUUUUGGACCUAGACUUGGCACUCCGGUACCGCUUGCCGUGCGGUAGCAGAGAGAACAGUCUAUGACUAGGGUGACUGGAGUCUUUGACAAUUUUGAGGGCCUUCCUCUGACACCGCCUGGUAUAGAGGUCCUGGAUGGCAGGGAGCUUUGCCCCUGUGAUGUACUGGGCCGUACGCACUACCCUCUGUAGUGCCUUGCGGUCAGAGGCCAAGCAGUUGCCAUACCAGGCGGUGAUGCAACCAGUCAGGAUGCUCUCGAUGGUGCAGCUGUAGAAUUUUUUGAGGAUCUGAGGACCCAUGCCAAAUCUUUUUAGUCUCCUGAGGGGGAAUAGGCUUUGUCGUGCCCUCUUCACGACUGUCUUGGUGUGUUUGGACCAUGAUAGUUCGUUGGUGAUGUGGACACCAAGGAACUUGAAGCUCUCAACCUGUUCCACUACAGCCCCGUCGAUGAGAAUGGGGGCGUGCUCAGUCCUCUUUUUUUUCCUGUAGUCCACAAUCAUCUCCUUUGUCUUGGUCACGUUGAGGGAGAGGUUGUUGUCCUGGCACCACACGGCCAGAUCUCUGACCUCCUCCCUAUAGGCUGUCUCAUCGUUGUCGGUGAUCAGGCCUACCACUGUUGUGUCGUCGGCAAACUUAAUGAUGGUGUUGGAGUCGUGCCUGGCCAUGCAGUCAUGGGUGAACAGAGAGUACAGGAGGGGACUGAGCACGCACCCCUGAGGGGCCCCCGUGUUGAGGAUCAGUGUGGCAGAUGUGUUGUUACCUACCCUUACCACCUGGGGGCGGCCCGUCAGGAAGUCCAGGAUCCAGUUGCAGAGGGAGGUGUUUAGUCCCAGGAUCCUUAGCUUAGUGAUGAGCUUUGAGGGCACUAUGGUGUUGAAUGCUGAGCUGUAGUCAAUGAAUAGCAUUCUCACGUAGGUGUUCCUCUUGUCCAGGUGGGAAAGGGCAGUGUGGAGUGCGAUAGAGAUUGCAUCAUCUGUGGAUCUGUUGGGGCGGUAUGCAAAUUGGAGUGGGUCUAGGGUUUCUGGGAUUAUGCUGUUGAUGUGAGCCAUGACCAGUCUUUCAAAGCACUUCAUGGCUACAGACGUCAGUGCCACGGGUCGGUAGUCAUUUAGGCAGGUUAUCUUAGAGUUCUUGGGCACGGGGACUAUGGUGGUCUGCUUGAAACAUGUUGGUAUUACAGACUCAGUCAGGGACAUGUUGAAAAUGUCAGUGAAGACACUUGCCAGUUGGUCAGCACAUGCUCGGAGUACACGUCCUGGUAAUCCGUCUGGCCCUGCGGCCUUGUGAAUGUUGACCUGCUUAAAAGUCUUACUCACAUCGGCUACGGAGAGCGUGAUCACAUAGUCGUCCGGAACAGCUGGUGCUCUCAUGCAUGCUUCAGUGUUGCUUGCCUCGAAGCGAGCAUAGAAGUGGUUUAGCUCGUCUGGUAGGCUUGUGUCACUGGGCAGCUCGCGGCUGUGCUUCCCUUUGUAGUCUGUAAUAGUUUUCAAGCCCUGCCACAUCCGACGAGCGUCAGAGCCAGUGUAGUAUGAUUCAAUCUUAGACCUGUAUUGACUCUUUGCCUGUUUGAUGGUUCGUCGGAGGUCAUAGCGGGAUUUCUUAUAAGCGUCCGGGUUAGAGUCCCGUUCCUUGAAAGCGGCAGCUCUACCCUUUAGCUCAGUGCGGAUGUUUCCUGUAAUCCAUGGCUUCUGGUUGGGGUAUGUACGUACGGUCACUGUGGGGACGACAUCAUCGAUGCACUUAUUGAUGAAGCCAGUGACUGAUGUGGUGUACUCCUCAAUGCUGUCUGAAGAAUCCCGGAACAUGUUCCAGUCUGUGCUAGCAAAACAGUCCUGUAGCUUAGCAUCUGCGUCAUCUGACCACUUUUUUAUUAGCCGAAUCACUGGUGCUUCCUGCUUCAGUUUUUGCUUAUAAGCAGGAAUCAGGAGGAUAGAGUUAUGGUCAGAUUUGCCAAAUGGAGGGCGAGGGAGAGCUUUGUAUGCGUCUCUGUGUGUGGAGUAAAGGUGGUCUAGAGUUUUUUCCCCUCUGGUUGCACAUUUAACAUGCUGGUAGAAAUUAGGUAGAACGGAUUUAAGUUUCCCUGCAUUAAAGUCCCCUGCUACUAGGAGCGCUGCAUCUGGAUGAGCGUUUUCCUGUUGAUUAAUGGCCUUGUACAACUCAUUCAGUGCAAUCUUAAUGCCAGCAUUGGUUUGUGGUGGUAAAUAGACAGCUAUGAAAAAUAUAGAUGAAAACUCUCUUGGUAAAUAGUGUGGUCUGCAGCUUAUCAUAAGAUACUCUACCUCAGGCGAGCAAAACCUUGAGACUUCCUUAGUAUUUGAUUUUGUGCACCAGCUGUUGUUUACAAAUAUACAGAGACCGCCACCCCUCGUCUUACCCGAGUCUGCCGUUCUGUCCUGCCGAUGUAGCGUAUAGCCUGCUAGCUGAAUGUUAUCAUUGUCGUCGUUCAGCCACGACUCCGUGAAACAACACACUCCUCACAGACGUUUCCCUUCUCUGUGUUGUGUUUUCAGUAGUGAUUAGUGUAUUUGUGUACAGCCUCUGGGCUGUGUUCCCUAAUUGGCCUUUAUCUCUUCCAGAGGAAGACCAGAGAGCUCUGUCUCUAUCUUAGCCUCUCUGGGAGGCCCGGGCCAGAUGGACUCUUCUUCCUCAGUCAUUAGCUACUAGAACAUGCUGUAGGGAGAGGGAGGCGAAAGCUUCUGUUUGUCUGUUUUAGUCUGCAGAAAACAGCACAGCCAAUUCCCUGACCCAUGCCCUAUAUGCAGUAGUCCAUGAUAUUACCAUGUCUGUCUCUGCUUGGAACCUCUUUAAAAAGAGACACAACCUGUAAAAUGGAGUCAGAAAAUAUAUCCUCCCAUGUACAGUAGUUCAAAGUCACACAUUUUCCCAUACAGUUUCCAAUACAACUUGACAGCCUCAAGCUUUCUUAUGAUUAAUAAGCAAAUGCAUGUAUGAAUCAUAUUAUACUGUAGGUUCAGGGAAUCCUCUUGGGCUAGUUGACCAAGGGGCAUGAUAAUAUUAUGCGAGAUUACAUGUGUGCUCCUGUUUUAGAUAUCCCCAUCUGCAUGUUUAAAGGUUAAAUAUGGAGACAUGAUGCAGCCAGGGACCACCACAGUGUACUUAAUAAAACUAGGGUCCAAACACACAGUGUGCUGCAGGUCUUACUCUACUGACGUAGCACUACUUACUGCACUUAGAGAUGAUUUACCGCUUUGGCUGCAAUAAAGCAAUGCUAAUGAGCCAACUUUUAAGAGACUGCCAGCCAUACUGUAAUUUGAUAAGCCUACAGGUAAAACUUGGCACCUCCAUAGUGUAGUUAACCAACUGGGAAGCGAGACGAGCAUCUCACAUGCUCACAGUAAGAAAUGGCUAGCUUAUCUCAUAAGGGCCAGAUAUGGUGACCAUAAACAAGACUGCUAGCUACCUCAGUGUGUGAAUUCAUAGUGAUGUCAGUGCUCCUGAUACCUGCUCUCUGUCGCCCCCUGUGGCUUUUCACAGCAACAGCGUCGUGAGCGGGAGAUGAGGCAGCAGGAGCGUGAGCAGCGGCGCCGCGAGCAGGAUGACAAGAGGCGUAUGGAGGAGGUUGAACGCCGGCGUAAAGAGGAGGAAGAGCGUAGGAGGGCCGAGGAGGAGAAGAGGAGGGCUGACCGCGAGCAGGUAGGAGAACUCCACUUUCCUUCAUGGUACUUGUAGUCUUCCCUGACACUUACUGACCUGUUUGUGUGUUUUGAUUGUCAGGAGUACAUCCGUCGGCAGUUGGGUGAGGAGCAGAGGCACCUGGAGAUCCUGCAGCAACAGCUGCUACUGGUGAGACCAAACUCUGUAAGCCUAUCUACCUACUUCUAUCCAUCUAGAGAUCUCCCAUUAUCCAUCUGUUCUUCUAGCCUUCUAAGCAAUUGGAUUGUAAUCUAGGGGUUUCGCUUUGUAGUAGGGUGUUGAAGAAUGGCUAGCAAGUUUGAUUUAUUGAAGUCACACUACUGUUACUGUCUCAAGAAAAUCUGGUUAGAAUAUGUCACAGUAUGGCAGAUUUGAAGGGAGCCAACUUGAGGUUGGAGUUGAUUAAUUCUCUGGGCCAAGUUGAGGAAACCAGAAUGUUUAUUACAGUCCUUAAGUGAUGAUGUCACCAGGAUGUGUCCUACCUACAGGAAGAGAGGGUUUUCAUUGUUUCGUUCCCAAUGUUCCUAAUUCUGCUGAGAUGGUGUGUUUGACAGAGCGGAUCUCCGUGGCAAUGUGUAUGUUGUUGAAGGCCUGUGUUCCUCCAGGGGUUUGAGAAGAGGAUAUGAUCACUCACAUCCUUCCACACCACCAUUGUGUGUCAUCGAUUCUCUUACACGGUCUUACUGUCCCCCACCAUGUCUUACUGUCCCCCACCAUGUCUUAUUACUCAUCAGCUUUUAGCUCAGUCAUUUUUCCUUUACAUUUUAAACCAAUAGUUGGGCUAUAUUGGAAUAGUCAAUAUUCUCACAGCAUUUAAACACUUAGAAUAAUUGGGUCCUGGUGAAAAUACAAACCCAUUUAUCAGUUCCCUAGUUACAUGGAUACAGCUUCUACCAUUAAGACACCAGCCCUCAUUCUACAGAACUCCUUCAAUUAGAACAGCACACACCAUGCCAAGUUUAGAUGAUACACCAACACGCCUCCCUGCACUCAGGAGCACAAGUGGAAGGAGCAGCGUAAGGCCCAGAAGCUCCAACAGCAGGAACAGUCCUACCUACUGCUUCUCCAACAGCAGCCCAAACCCCUGCUGCCAGCCACCAACAGGGCUCACUCCGCACAGCAACUGACCUCUGACCCCAAACUGCACAACUCAAUAUUAGGAAGGUGUUCUUAAUGUUUUGUACACUCAGUGUAGAAACGACAGAUACAGCCCUGUCUAAACUACCGACCCAUAUCCUUUUUACAUUCAAAUGGCAAUCUAUUAGCAUUUCACCAUUCCCCAAUCAAGUAUUCAGUGAAGAGUCCUGUUUGGGUUUUACAUUAGCAGAAAAGUAGUUGAGUGUCAUCCGCAUAGCAAUGAUAAGAGAGACCAUGUGAGGAUAUGACGGAGCUGAGUGAUUUGGUGUAUAGCGAGAAGAGGACCUAGAACCGAGCCCUGGGGGACACCAGUAGUGAGACUACGUGGUGCAGACACAGAUCCUCUCGACAUCACUUGGUAGGAGAGGCCUGCCAGGUAGGAUACAAUCCAAGAGUGUGCAGAGCAUGAGCCUCCCAGCACUGAGAGGGUGGAGAGGAGGGUUCACAUUAUCGAAGGCAGCAGAUACAGGAGCAUGAGAACAGAGGAGAGAGAGAGUCAGCUUUGGCAGUGUGGAGAGCCUCUGUGACACAGAGGAGCAGGCUCUAUUGAGUGACCUGUCUUGAAGCUUGACUGGUUAGGGUUAAGAAAAUCGUUCUGAGGGAGUUGGCCAGAGACCGCACGCUCAAGUGUGUUGAAAAUAAAAGGGAUACCGGUCUGUAGUUUGGUGUCAGAGGGGUCGAGUGUUGGUUUCUUGAGGAGGGGAGCGACUCUGGCCAUUUUGAAGUCAGAGGGGAUGCAGCAAGUGGUCAGGGAUGAGUUUGGGGAAUGGGAGAAGGUCUCCAGAGAUGGUCUGGAGAAUGGAGGAUGGGAUGAGUUCAAGCGGGCAGGUUGUCGGACCUCACUAAUCGAAGGAUUUCAUCUGAGGAGAGAAAGAGGUCAAGGCGUACGGUACUUCUGUGUGAGUGGGAACAGUGGACUCAAUAGGCGGCGUGAAUGAGGAGCGGAUGUCGUUAACCUUCUUUUCAAAGUGGUUGACAGUAGUCUGCACAGAGGGGGAGGAGAAUAGGUGGAAAAUAGUUUCAUAGGGUUAGAGGCAGAAGCUUUACAUUUAGAGUCAUAGAAAGUGGCUUUAGCAGCGGAUACAGAGGAAGAGAAGGUAUCGAGGGAGUGAAAGGAUGAUAGGUCCUCCGGAAGUUUAGUUUCCCUCCAUUUUCGCUCAGCUGCCCACAGCGCUGUUCUGUAAGCUCGCAAUGAGUCACUCAGCCACGGAGCAGGAGGGAAGGGCCAAGACAGCUGGCAGGAAAGGGGACAGUGCGAGUCAUAGGAUGCGAAAAGGGAGGAGGGGAGGGUCAGAGGCAGAAUCAGGAGACAGGAGGGGAGAAGGAUUUAGCAAAAGGGAGACAGGAUAGAAGAGGAGAGAGUAGUGAGAGCGAAGAUUGCAUGACCAUCUGGGUAGGGGCUGAGUGGCUAGGGUUGGAGGAGAGGGAGAAACAAAGUAGUGAUCAGAGACACCUAGAGGUGGGUUGCAGUGAGAUUAGUAGGCGAACAGCCUCUGGUAAAGAUGAGGUCAAGUGUAUUGCCUGCCUUUUGAGUGGGAGGGGACUGGGAAAGGGUCCGUUCAAAAGAGUCAAGGAGGGGAAAGAAAGUUGGAAAUAAAUUAAUUGAAGGCAGACGUCGGGAGGUUUAAGUCGCAAAGUACGAAGAGCGGUGAGCCAUCGUUAGGAAAUGAGCUUAUCAAGCGGUCAAGCUCAUUGAGGAACUCAGGGCACCUGGUGGGCAAUAGAUGACAACAAUGUUAAGCUUGAAAUGGACAAGUGACGGUAUGGAAUUUAAAUGCGGGUGAGUGAGCGAGAAAAGAGAAUCCCCACUUAGGAGAAAAUAGUAGCCCUGUGCCACCUCCGUGACGACCAGAUGCUCUCGGACUAUAAGAGAAAACGUAGUCAGAUGAAGAGAGCAGCUGGAGAAGCAGUGUUCUCUGGGGUGAUCCAGUUCUCCGUCAGGGCCAAAAAGUCAAGGGACUGAAGGGCAGCAUAGUUCCAAACGCUGCCAGAGACCAGGAAUUCCACAUGGGUUGUGUGCCCAGGGUACACUAAAUUAAAGGGUUGCAGCCAAGGGGUGGGGAGCGUCUGUAAAGCCUACAGGGAGAGGAGCGAACAGGUAUAGAAAACAAGUACAUAGUUGCCAAAGCUACAAAACAGCAAAAUUAGAUCUGAAAAUGACAAGGUAAGAUACAGUACUCAAGUGAGCGAGUGGUGUGGAGCCUUCCUCGAUUUAACUCGGCAGAACCGUCUUUGUUUCAGCAGUCUUCAUUUUGCAAUGAGACCGCCGCUGAUAGCUACCGCUGAAAAAACUGGGGAGACUGAAGUACUAACACUAAUUGCUAAUUUCCUUGCAGAGGUAAAGAGCACACCUCCUGGUACUAAUUGCUAAUUGCCUAGGAGAGGAGAAACCACUCCCCCUCCAAUACAGCCACUGAUUACAACGGCAACAGUCGCAAAUUGCCCUGCCACUUAAUUCUGGUUAAUGUGUCAACAAUCAUCUGCAAGUUAAUAGCGGUCAGCAGUUCACACACCAUGUAGGCUACUGGGAAGACAGGCAGCACUUAAAGUAGAUGGCCCUAACUAGCAAAAAGACAGUACUAGACAACAAUCCGAUUUAAGACAAAUUAUACUUAUCACUCCUGGAGACAUCAGGAGUCCUCUAGCUAUAGAAUGAAGCACAGUUGCUAAAUUGAGACAUACCCCUGUUGACAGAUGGAGAUGCAGCAUCUUGGAAAAAUGAAAACUGUCCACUUCUUUAUAUUUAUAUCCUCUUCAAACUAAAUGAUUAUGAACAUAAAACCUGAAGCUGUGCUUUGUCAGUCAACGCCUGCUUUGCUACUACUAAAACCUCUUAUAAUAUUUUAGGUUUUGAAUCAAUUACCAGAAGGAUCUCAUGGUCUCUAUUCAUCAUUCAAUUAAACCAAUUGGGGCCAAUAUACUGUAUAUCCAAUGUGAAGGGUUCUGUCCACUUUCCGUCCACAUCCAUCCAUACUCAUUUCACUACCUUACACUUCUUACCAUUUUACACACAUAAUGCCAUUAUUCAGUCAUCAUUCCCCACCGCCCCAGAGGUUUGUAAGACAAUGUCGUUAACAUGAUCGCCACGUUUUCCUAACAGACGGAAAGAUUACAUAAGGAUUAUUUCCCCUUAUUGAAGCCCUUUCAAGGGUGAAGUAACAUGGACCACUCUGUUUCGGAGGGAGGUCACCUCAGCAGUUCUAAUAAAUGUUGCUGUUGUCACUCUCCUAGAGCUAAUGACCCAGUCUGAUAUAGAGGCGGCUCAUUAGGCCUCGCUCGGCUGUGUGUCCCUGGUUCUACCCUCUACUGGACUGGCCUGCUGCUUACAUUAUCACCUGCAGGGACAGAGUAAGGAGGACAUGAGUCCAGAGUCUGGGUUUUGUCAGCUGAAAGGUUGAAACUAACCUGUCUCUCCUAUCCUCAGGUGCAAUACUAAACAGGUCUUGUUUUGUUGACUGUCUUCUGCCAGCAGGCAACCUUUGAUGCACUGAUACAUGAUGAACAAGCCCCUGUUGUUUGUCAUGUCAUAAUAACUCUCUCUGGUUGUCAUGUUGUGGUAAUGGUUUGUAGUCCCUGCUAGUAUGCCUGUUGUACUACAUGGUGGUCGUAACUGAUCUUGCUACUGACCCUCCCACUGCUGCUGUGGCUCAAUCAUCUUUGUCCUGGUGACGGUAAUGACUCUGUCCCUCUCUCUGUCCUUGCUGUCUGUCCCUCCAGGCCGAUGAGAGGUACCGUAAGAACAUCCAAGGUUCUCAUCAGGCUGCCCAGGUUAAGGUCCAGCCCCCAGUUCCUCCCCGCGCCGCAGAGACCGUCGCUAACGGAAACGCCCCCUUGGCCGUCCCACCCGCCAUGCACAGACCCAUGGAAGCCCAGGUAACCACGGCAACCAAGAUGGCCAACCGCCAGUAGCUUAUUCCUCCUUUCGCUGCACUGUCCUUUUCCUUAGUUAUUUUUCCAAUCCCUUCUUCUUUCCAGCUAGUUCUAACAGGGUCUCUCUCUCUUGCUCUCUCCGGGUUGUGUAUCAGAAGUGCUGACUAACUACCUACAGUAGAUGACUUUUCUUGUGUUCACUAUCUUUCUCUUUUCCCCCUCCCUCUGUUCUAGCUGAAUUCGUUCACUGUGUGGAGAAAUGUGGGUGUUGUUCUCUGUCCCUUACUGAUGACAUAGUUGACCUUUCUAUUCUCUUAAUGGGUGCCUCCAAUGUCUUUGAUACUUCCUUGGGUGACAGCCUAUCCUCCACCACUGUGUUCGUAUGAAGUCCAGGCUGCUUGCUUCUGAUCUGGCCACUCACUGCUCAAUACCAGCUUCACCCACUCACUCGACCUCUGACUGCCUUCUGUAUUGUGUGAAUGUUUGUGUAUGUGUGUGUAUGCAUUGCCAGGUUGUUGGUUGAGAUGGUGACUCCUUUAUAAAGGUAGAGCUGCUACAUCGGGGCUGUGUGCGAAACAACACAAACACAUCCAUAAUUCAUCUUUCUGUUUUCACAGUGACUCAGUAUAUUACUAAUCUCAUCUGCUCAGGGAGAAGGACUCAACCAGCCCAGCGUGAAUACUGUCAUUGUCACAGUUCGCCAUUCAGGGCAACAUACCUUUUUUGGAUAAUGUCAUGGUGAUUAGAUGAAACAUUGUUGAAUUUGGUGGCGAUGAUGAUGUAAUUGAUUGCUACAUUUUUUUGCAGAGCAAUUAAAUGCAUUAGUCACUUCACUCGUUAGUGACACGUCAUUAGAGACAGAUAUGAGGCGUGAUGACAUGGGCUCAUUACAAAAGACUCAUUUGUUGAGUGAUAAAUCUCUUUCUAUGGGGUUUCCUGUCUGAGGGCUUCUCAGUGCAUAUUUGAAAGUAAUAGGACAUGGAAUAAAUUCAGGUAUAAACCUAGGAUGGAUGUGUUCCUAUUGGAUUAUACUCUUCUCAGUUACUUUUCCCUGAAAAAGUAUCCUUGAAUAUGUACAUGCGAUAUGUGAGUGUGUGUGUGAUGGUGUUUAACUGUCUAUGCAUGAUGCUAGCUCAUCUGUGUAUGCCUUGUUUAUGUGAUCCAUGCUCAUUCUCACAACUGGUGAUGAGACUGAAGCAUCAUGAGCACCAAAACAGGUGGAGCUGUCAUUAGCUGUCUGUGAUGUGAACCAAUCAAAUGGUUCAUCUGUCUUCCUAAGACUUCAUAUUGGUUCCAUGUCCGCUCCACCCAUUUUUAUGCUUCCUGAAGCUUCAGUAUCCAAUCACUGUCUGCUGCCUGUGUUUGUGGUCUUGUUCUCUUGUUGUGUCUCCCUCCUCCUCCUCCUCCUCCCCCAAACCUCCCCCACUCCUCCCAAUGUGUCCUCCCGCUCUGAUGCACCCCGUCUGUCUCUCUGUCUCUGGAAGGUCCAGUGGUCCCACCUGGCCACUCUAAAGAGCAGCAUCGCCGCUCCCCCCGUCAUCUCACGCUCUCAUUCCUUCAGUGAGCCCAUCGUCCCUGGCUUUGCACACCUCAACCUGCGCUCUCAGGAGCAGCACCAUCAACCUGCACCAUCAUCAUCAUCGCCCGCACGCACUGACCUGCAGCCCCACCCCCAGCCUAGGGCCACUCCCCUCGAGAAGGCCCCCACAGACGACACCCCUCCCAGGGUAAGAACAGGCCUAUCCCCUGGCAAAGGCGGGUAGACUGGUAGUCAUUUGACGGCUUUACUAGGAAGUCUGAACUGUAGACCGGUAUACUGGUAGUCACUAGAUGGCCAUGCUGGAGAGGACAAUACUGGAGUGAAUGAGCAGAGUGACGUUGUCUCAGUAACAGUUCUAAGAUGGAGCGACCUCCUCCUAGAGCUCUGCUAACCAACCCGAGCACGACGGGCCCCGACAUUAUACAUCGGGUUAGGGCUGGGUGUCAGAAGUGCUUCAACCUAGUCAAAUAUAAAACAGGAGAGAUUAUUUCACCGAAAAUAAUAAUGUUCCUUGAGUUUUGAGUGAUGAAAAGUAGCUAACAGCUAACUGCUCUCUAAUGUCUCGUCAUUGAGCAGAGCAGCCCAAGCGGCGCCGUUGCUAUGGAUACUUUCAGACCCAGAGCCGCCAUGAGAAAAGCACAUGCAGAGCGAGCAGAGUGCAGGAGCGAGUGACGGACAGAGAGGAGCAGCUAAUGGAUUUACUAAUGGAGGAAGUUAUUUCGGGUUUUGGGCAGGGCCGGGCCUUCAAUUUGUCAGAAUCAAUCGGGCCUGAACGUCGCAGGCAUGGCUCGGGCUUGGGCGUAAAAUUCAUGCCCGUGCAGGGCUCUACCACCUCCUCACCUUGGCCUGCUGAGAGGAUUCAGAGAGAGCAGAAGGUUAUGAAAGGAUUAGAGGUCCAUUUUCUGUUCUCUAUCCCACCUCUAUUGUCUCUCCUCACAGAACCCUCCCUCAUUCAGCCUCCCAGACCUCAGAAGGAGACUGAUUUAAAAAUAGCAGCGAAAGAAAGCUGCAGCAGCAAUCACUUGAGUUCUGAGGGCUUUUGCAUCUCAGCAUUUUAGAAAUGCUCCCAAGUUAAUGGGACACUGGAGGCUGUCACAAAUGAAGAGUAGGAUUCAGCCUGUUCAAGGAAAAUAUUCAUCAUGUUGAAAUCCAGACCGUGGCCCCUUUUCUUGCCCCCAUCUGCACAAAUUAGAGGUGGAAUUAUUGUUCUCUCUUCACAUAGGGCCUACCAAUCAAAUAUCACUUCCUCUUCUUUGGUGAGGUAUGAGUAUGUCAUUUCCUUUUCUGCCCCCUCCAAUUCCCGUGCAAGCCUCUGUUAGUGUCUCAUAUCAAUGUCAGUUAGCAUUCCAUCUGAAUGGAGUGGCUGUUUGUUCUGUUCUGCUCUGCUUUGAAUGCUGUUCCUAGGCUGUUUUCCCUCCUGUCCCCUGGAAAUUAUUAGAGAGAAAUGCUAGCAAAUCAAUAAUAUAACCUGACAACUGUGUUUGUGUUAAGGCAGGGGUUAAUAAGGGAAGUGUGUGGAUAUAAUGCUGUAUUUUGCUGUGUGUAAGACCUAACUCUCUUUCAGUAGGGUGGCUUUACACAGUGUGGGUAUGGGGGGGGACACGACAUCAUUGGACAUUGUAGAAACGUUGUCGGGACCUUGUAAGGGCGUCUUAACAGUGUGUCCAGCGUUUGUGCUCCUGGCACCCCUGUCACGCUCUCUCGUACAUACACGCUCUCCGAGUGUGUGUGUGUGUGUGGCCGUAGAGUGUGUGUGUGUGAGCUGGCAUCUGUCUGUAUGGAAGGUUCCUGUGAGGACAACGUCCAGGUCUCCAGUACUGUCACACAGGGACUCCCCUUUCCAUGGCAAUGCCAACGCUACGCCUAGCAACCCGGUGAGCCAGAGGAACGCCAGCAGGUACCUUUUCAUGUCCCUCCAUUUAUCUAUUUUUCUCUCUCUCUCGUUUUCUUUCUUUCUCUCUUUUUCUAUCUGUACUUUCUCUGUCUGUCUCUCUGUCUGUCUCCCCAUCUCUGUCUGUCUCUCCAUUUUGCUAUUUCACCAUCCUCCUCUUUUCUUCGAGUGUUCAGUAAUGUAAAACCUCUUCACUGUGUGUCUGUCUGUUCUCUGUGGAGCCCUGGUCUUCUCUGUGUGUGGAUACUGUGUGGGAGGGUUUUAUGUAACAUCACUCACUGCUCUGCCCUGUGAUACAUAUCCUUGUCUCCUAUUUGUGUGUGUGUGCAUGUGUGCACACCUUUUCUCUCUUAGCAAUUCUCUAAAAUGCUAAGCUUAAUCUCCUGCGAGACUUUGUGUGCAUGUCUGUGUCUAUGGAAAUGUAUAUGUGUCUAUAUGUGUCUGUCUAGUAAUAUGUAUAUAGUUUGCCUAUAUGUAAAGUAUGUGUGUCUGUAAUAUAAACCACCCCCUCGGUCUCUCUCCACAGUGCUGCAGCGGAACCGCGUCUGCUGUGGGAGCGGGUGGAGAAGCUGGUUCCCAGGCCAGCCAGUGGUAGUAGUGGUAGUACUGGCAGUUCCUCUGGCUCCAGUAACUCCAGCUCUCAUAGCGGCUCAGGGGAGAGAUUCAGAGCCCGCUGUGAGUCUUAUGUUCCCCCGAUACACACACACACACACACACACACACACACACACACACACAUGCAUAGUCUCAUGAGCAGUUAUUUACAUACACACUCUCAAGACACACACACACACACACACAUAACUAUUGAAUACAAAGUACUCACAUUUACAUUCAAUUAUUGGCAAUCAAAUUAUCAUACAUUUAGCACCACAUUGCAGCAUUGGAUUACAGCAUAUGAUGCAUGAGAGUACAUUAGCCAUUGAAAACACUCCAAACAAUUCUCCACAUAGCUCUUUAAUUUACUGACCGGUAUCCCUCGCUGUCCCCCUCUCAGCCUCGUCAAAGUCUGAGGGUUCUCCCCUGCAGCGCCCAGAGCAUGCUGGGAAAACCCCAGAGGAGAGGAAGGACUUGGUCAGAUCUAACCGACCGGUGGUGAGAUCUUACCCCCGUGAAACUAGUGGACUAGUUGACUAGUGUACUAGCUAGUGUACUAACUAGUGUUGAACGAGACCAAGUGUUGUGACAAUUCAGAAAGUGGUGGAAAUAACAGUUUUGAGUGGGAAUGAUGGUUUCACAAUGAUCUGACAUAGUUCUUUGUUUGUGUGUUUUGCCCUUUGCGCUGUGGAUUACCGGUACUCAUGUGAAUUCUGUAGGGGGAAGUGGUAAGCUAGAGUGAAAUAGAGCGUGUGUUUGUACUGACAAUCUCAUUGGCUGAAGGGUUUUGUACUAAUGGCUUGCCUCUCUCCUGAUUGGUGCUCUUUUACUCAUGCUCCUUUUAACCACAAUGUCUCCUCCCCAUACUUCUUAUGUUUCUUUCUAUUGGAUCAUUCAAUCUCACUCUCAUACUUGCAGCUCCUUCCUUCCUUGUAUGCUCUGGUCUGUUCUUGUCAUCUGAUGACUCACUAACCUCUUCCAGCCUUGUGGACAGAUUGGAAUUAUGGCAGCAGUGUGUAAUUACUCAUCUCUUUUCUCAUCUCCUGUUGGCUUUGCUACUCACCGGCCCGCUCCUCAUUGGCUGGCACACCUGUGACUUCACUUCCUCCACAAGCAGCUUCCUGCAUCCUGUCUCCUGCAUUUAACCCUGCGAGUGACCCGGCAACAAAUCCACAACCUGGAAAAAGAGAGCUAAAAGAGAGAGAGAGCGAGACUAAAAGAGAGAGAAAAAGGGAAGUUCAGAGUUUGACCUCUAACCUCUGAACUCCCCCUCCUUUCUAGGAUCUGACGGCGCUGGCCAAAGAGCUGCGUGCAGUGGAGGACGUUCCACGCCCCCACAAGGUGACGGACUACUCCUCAUCUAGUGAAGAGUCGGGGACCACAGAUGAGGAUGAUGAUGAAGAGGUGGACCAGGAGGGAGGGGAGGAGUCUACCUCAGGACCAGAGGACUCUCGGGCUGUGUACGUAGAGGAGGACAUGUACCUGAACCCUAACCCUAACCCCAACCCUAUCCCUACUCACCAUGACAUGAUAUUGCAAUGACAUUUGAGCAUGUGAUUGCUGUGAAGGAAAAUUCAUGUGAUUAUAACGAUCUCUUCCUGAUUCUCUGUUUAUGCCACCUCCACCACCAGCUCUUCGAGGCUGAGCAACGGUGAGACGGAGUCGGCGAAGAUCAUGAUCGUUCACGGCGAGAGUGACGCUAAAACCACACCCUGUAAAGAUGGCACUCUGAUCGUCAGACCGGUAAGGCCAACACCCAGGCCAUACCGACCACCUCUCUUAUAACAACAUAAAUCAGUCACACUGUAAACCUUUUGAGUUAUUUUAUUGUGGUAUUUCAUUCACUAAUUUGUCCCCUUAUGGUUUAUCCACUGUGUUUGAUAUUGUGUUGGACCUUGUUUUGUGAUUUGUUCUCUCAUUGUUUACUUUGUGUUGCUGGUGAAGCCAAGGGGUUAGAGUAGAAUGGAAAGGGCUUUGUUAACCUGAAGAAAUGCACCCACUCCCAGUAUUAACCACCCGUUCCCCCAUUGAAUGACAGUAUUGUCCUGCAACAGAUUGAACAUCAUAAAUUGGCACCACUAAAGACAUAUGAACAAUUUAGCAAGAAAUUAAAAUUAGGGUAAAAUUACACUUUUGAUCUCUGUUAUUGACAAUUCUCUUUUACUUAAUCCCCAAAUAAAUGUGUCUGAAGUCUCAUACAUUAGUAGACUGUAGCUUCAGUAACUACUUCAGUAGACUAGUCUUCCCUUAACACAAGUAGCCAAUAGAAUCGCUCCACCUCAGGGAAAGAAACCUAGACCCAAAGUGUGCCCCUCUUCUUACUUCCAGAGAGCAGGUGACAGCAAAAUGCGACCUUUUCCCAGCCCUGGUCAAGGCCCUGUCCUUGGCUUAGUCCCCAGUCCCGGGCUGAUUCACCCUGCCCUCCAGGGCCACCCCGGUCUCCAAGGCCACCAGGAGAGAAAUGGCUUUGCAGGCCGCAUUCACCUCCUGCCUGACCUGAUCCAGCAGAGCCACCACUCCCCCUCCUCCUCCUCCGCCUCCUCCUCCCCCUCCUCCUCCAGCCUGGCCAGCCCCACCAUGUCAAUGUCCCCCCAGAGCCCCCUGGACAAGCUCAGCAUGCUCCUGGAGGUAUGUCCCUCUCAGCCUCCCUCUGACCCCUGGUCCCUGGUCCUCCCUCAGGCCUGGGUCUGUUAGGACUGGUUGCAUCUGGUGGUGCUCUCUCUCUCUCUCUCUCUCUGGCCAUCUGGUGGUGCUCUCUCUCUCUCUCUCUGGCUAUCUGGUGGUGCUCUUUCUCUCUCUCUCUCUGGCCAUCUGGUGGUGCUCUGUCUCUCUCUCUCUCUGGCUAUCUGGUGGUGCUCUCUCUCUCUCUCUCUCUGGCUAUCUGGUGGUGCUCUUUCUCUCUCUCUCUCUGGCCAUCUGGUGGUGCUCUGUCUCUCUCUCUCUGGCCAUCUGGUGGUGCUCUCUCUCUCUCUGGCCAUCUAGUGGUGCUCUUUAUCUCUCACUCUCUCUGGCCACCUGGUGGUGCUCUCUCUCUCUCUCUCUCUCUCUCUGGCCAUCUAGUGGUGCUCUUUCUCUCUCUCUCGCUCUCUCUCUCUCUCUGGCCAUCUGGUGGUGCUCUCUCUCUCUCUCUGGCUAUCUGGUGGUUCUCUCUCUCUCUCUCUCUCUCUCUCUCUCUCUCUGGCCAUCUGGUGGUGCGCUCUCGCUCUCUCUCUCUCUCUCUCUCUCUCUCUCUCUCUCUCUCUCUCUCUCUCUCUCUCUCUCUCUCUCUCUCUCUCUCUCUCUCUCUCUCUCUCUCUAGCCACCUAGUGGUGCUCUCUCUCUUUUCCUUUUUUUCUGAGUGCGAUAACUACUCUAGUUUACGCCAAGCUCUGUAGGUGUGGUUGAUGGAUCAUUUUUUGUUGCUCCCCUCUGAAAAAAAUAUUAUUUUGACCAAGUUUCUAGUAUUUUACAUAAUUCCUUAUUUUUUAGACUUUUUGUUUUUACUAGGUUGUGCUGGCUUACAUCUCCUCUGAGGCACAUUAUGAUUAUUAUUUGUGGCUUUUAGUCACAGAUCAUUAAAGAGAUCUUCCAGAAACCCUCUUAAGACUAGGCUACAACAAAGCAUAUUUCAGGAAUAAACAUAGACAAUUAUUUUAUCAUGAAAAGCCAUUCCUUGAGAUGUUUUUGUUCCUCAACUUUUCUUUUUACCUGAACAUUCCAUCUGUUUUACCCACCACCAUAGAUACCUCCUUGUUUUUGCCUGUUUCUCUUUAGUUCACUGUGUGAUUUUGUGAAUUUUUUCCUGUACCUGAUUUCUCUAUGCUCCUUACAUCUGCCCCAGUUUAUUGGUUCUGUAUUUCUGUUUUGUGGUAUUUUGUGGAGCUAUGGGAAAUGGUGUUUAAUGUUUCUACGUACACACACUGCUGCCAUUGUAGUCUUGGUCUAUUAGUUGGCUGGUAAGUCAAUGACAUAAUAAUAGAAAGACGUGAUUCUAUAUGUCCUCAUUGUUGUUCUAUUCCCCUGUUCCUCUAGAGCCAUUCUUCCAGCAACAGCAUGCAGAAACACAAGUCCUCCUCCUCCUUCACUCCCUUUAUUGAUCCACGCCUCCUCCAGGUCUCUCCAUCCGGUGCUGCUCUCAACAACCUGGGUAAGCCACUCCCACCAGCUCCCAGCCCUCUUAUUGGACGACCAGUCCCCAUCAGCAGUAUUUGAGUGGUUCUCUCCAGUGUCAAUAAACCUAGUGUAAGAUUCUGAGGCAACACCAGAGAACACCCGUUUAUUCCAAACAAAUGUUAUAGAAAUGUAUACUAAAUAUAUAACAUUUAUAGAAAUGUAUACUAAAUAUAUAACAUUUAUAGAAAUGUACACUAAAUAUAUAUAACUGAAUAUAUAUGAUAGUAAUACAUAAUCCAGGCUCUGUCGUAGCCGGCCGCGACCGGGGGACCCAUGGGGCGGCGCACAAUUGGCCCAGCGUCGUCCAGGGUAGGGGAGGGAAUGGCCGGCAGGGAUGUAGCUCAGUUGGUAGAGCAUGGCGUUUGCAACGCCAGGGUUGUGGGUUCGAUUCCCACGGGGGGUAUGAAAAAAUAAAUAAUAAUGUAUGAUUUACACUAACUGUAAGUCGCUCUGGAUAAGAGCGUCUGCUAAAUGACUAAAAUGUAAAUGUAAUAAUCAGCUUGUAUUUCCAACUGAAUCCCUUCCUUGUCCUCUGCAGCUUUUGGGAACGACGCCAGGCUGGCAGAGGCACUGAGGGCGGACCCGUCACGUAAAGGCUCUGUGGUCAACGUAAACCCCGUCAACACACGGCCGCAGAGUGACACCCCAGAGAUCCGCAAGUACAAGAAAAGGUUUAACUCUGAGAUCCUGUGUGCUGCACUCUGGGGUGAGUGGUCACAAUUAUCUCUGCUAUGUAGUUAUCACAGUAAUAUCAGUCUUCACCACCAGGUGACAGCAAUCUAAAUGCAAAACUGUGUGUGUGUGUGUGUGUGUGUGUGUGUGUGUGUGUGUGUGUGUGUGUGUGUGUGUGUGUGUGUAGGCGUGAACCUCCUGGUGGGCACAGAGAGUGGUCUGAUGCUGCUGGACCGUAGUGGUCAGGGGAAGGUCUACCCCCUCAUCAGCCGACGCCGCUUCCAACAGAUGGACGUCCUGGAGGGACUCAACGUCCUGGUCACUAUAUCAGGUACACACACACACAGUUACUAUGCAUAGGUGGGAAAACAGACAUUCAAACACGCGCAUACACACACACAGUUACUACACAUACAUGGGAAAACACAGACAUGCACACAAACCCACGCGUAAUGGGUUUAAGUGAUCUCUCUGAGACCGUGCGUGCAAAGCAGACAUAGUGUCUGACUUUAGGUUCCUGCUUCUCUUUCCUGUGCUGUGGUCACAUUAUUCACUGUAACAACCAACCAACGCUCGCAGGUCUGUGUCACCCAGUGAUGUGUUGGAUGUCACAACAGACAUUCAGCCAGAGUAAAUUGAGUAAAUUGCCAGUGUAGGACGUCAUACACAGAGUGUACAAAACCUUAAGAACCGCCCCCCCCAUGAUGCUGGCCCAUGUUCACGCCAAUGCUUCCCACAGCUCUGUCAAAUUGGCUGGAUGUCCUUUGGAUGGUGGACCAUUUCUGAUACACAUGGGAAACUGUUGAGCGUGAAAAACCCAGCACCGUUGAAGUUUUUGAUGCAAACCGGUGCACCUUUUGUCUUGCCCAUUCACCCUCUGAAUGGCACACAUACACAAUCCAUGUCUCAAUUAUCUCAAUGCUUAAAUCAUUCUUUAACCUGUCUCCUCUCCUUCAUCUACACUGAUUGAAAUGGAUUUAACAAGUGACAUCAAUAAGGUAUCAUGGCUUUCACCUGGAUUCACCUGGUCAGUCUAUGUCAUGGAAAGAGCAGGUGUUCAUAAUGUUUGGUACACUCAGUGUAUACAUGUAAUGCAUGUCCACUGACAAACAAACAAAGGUUUCCAUGAUGGAAGCACAGAAACACACACAGAUUGCAGUGAUUGCAGUGUCAUCUGUCAUUUUGAUGUCAUAUUGCAAUGAAGGAAAGAAAGGGUCCAUGCUCAUGAGACGUUGAGACAAUUUGACGUUGCUUCGUUUUUAGCGUAGAUAGAAAUACAUACGGUUUAUCCUUCAAGCCAUUGUCAUUGUACUGCAUCAUUCUCAGUAGAUGAAUAUAAAAGUUGUGUGUGACGACUUGUUGGUCAGUUCACAGAAAAUGUUAUUUGUCUUUCAAAUUGCCCACAACCUCGAUGUACAUUCACAAACACAGUUUUCCAUUAUGUUGCAACGUGUUGUCAAAUAUACAGUACAGGUUGUGCAACAAUACAGACCCUGUCAGAUCCUCUGUCCUAGUAUCCAUAAUGUCAAUCACAAUUGAAACAAAUAAUUCAAUACUUGGGGAAAAACUCCAAAAACUCCAUAAUAUACUACAUGACCAGAAGUAUGUGGAUACCUGCUCGUAGAACAUCUCAUUCCAAAAUCAUGGGCAUUAAUAUGGAGUUGGUCCCCCCUUUGCUGCUAUAACAGCCUCCACUCUUCUGGGAAGGCUUUCCACUAGAUGUUGGAACAUUGCUGCGGGGACUUGCUUUCCAUUCAGCCACAAGAGCAUUAGUGAGGUCGGGCACUGAUGUUCGGCGAUUAGGUCUGGCUCGCAGUCGGCGUUCCAAUUAAUCCCAAAGGUGUAAGAUGGGGUUGAGGUCAGGGCUCUGUGCAGGCCAGUCAAGUUCUUACACACCAAUCUCGACAAAACAUUUCUGUAUGGACCAAGCCUUGUGCACAGGGGCAUCCGCCAAACCCAGAUUUGUCCGUCGGACUGCCAGAUGGUGAAGCGUGAUUCAUCACUCCAGAGAACACGUUUCCACUGCUCCAGAGUCCAAUGGCGGCGAGCUUUACACCACUCCAGCCGACGCUUGGCAUUGCGCAUGGUGAUCUUAGGCUUGUGUGCGGCUGCUCGGCCAUGGAAACCCAUUUCAUGAAGCUCCCGACAAACAUUUAUUGUACUGAUGUUGUAUCCAGAGGCAGUUUGGAACUCGGUAGUGAGUGUUGCAACCAAGGGAAGAAGAUUUGUAUGCGCUUCAGCACUCGGCGGUCCCGUUCUGUGAGCUUUUGUGGCCUACCACUUCGCGGCUGAGUCGUUGUUGCUCCUAGAUGUUUCCACUUCACAAUAAUAGCACUUACAGUUGACCGGGCAGCUCUAGCAGGGCAGAAAUUUGACGAACUGACUUGUUGGAAAGGUGGCGUUCUAUCACGGUGCCUCGUUGAAAGUCAUUAAGCUCUUCAGUAAGGCCAUUCUACUGCCAAUGUUUGUCUAUGGAGAUUGCAUGGCUGUGUGCUCGAUUUUAUACACCUGCCAGCAACGGGUGUGGCUGAAAUAGCCGAAUCCACUAAUUUGAAGAGGUGUCCACAUACUUUUGUGUAUAUAUAGUGUACCUCCAUUCAUUGUAAUACAUUUGUACAAUAAAGCAACCUCCCUCCACCCAUUACAUGGAAGUAGGAUGAAGUUGCCCCUACACACUGAUCUUGGGUCAGUUUGGCAUUUCCCCUACUAAUGGUUAAGUAUAGGAUUUGGGGAGCGGAAGCUGAUCCUAGAUCUGUACCUAGGGGAAACUUCACCCCUGUGCCAUUACAUUUGGAAUAUAUACUGUAUCGUAGGUCCAUUGUAGGUACCCAGACCCUUGACUUCUCCCCUUGUCUGACCCUGUCCCGUGCAGGCAAGAAAAACAAGCUGCGUGUUUACUAUCUGUCCUGGCUGAGGAACAAGAUCCUGCAUAACGACCCUGAGGUGGAGAAGAAACAGGGCUGGGUCACUGUGGGAGACCUCGAGGGCGCUGUGCACUACAAAGUUGGUGCGUUCCAUCUUCAGCAUGCGUCUGGCCAGUGGGGUUAAAAGGAUGGGAAGUUAGAGUGUGGGGAGAAAUUCAUUUUUUUAGGACAGUUUUUGCAUAGAAAUUAAUGUUAUGGUCAAAUGUGUCUGCACAAACAUGUUUAGUAACCACCGAAGACUGUGGAUUUUUCAUAUAUGGCCCUCCAAAUGAACAAAACAAUGUUUUCUCUCAGUUGGUCUUCACCCACUGUUAGAAUCACUAUCUUUAAGACAGCCAGAGUAGGGUGCAUAAUACUCUGGAACAGCAUGUCAUGUUAUAACUGCAACAUGUUGGAAGAGAAAAAGUCCAGAGUUUGGUAAUGAUAUGUACAUCAACUUCCUGGAAGAGACCAGAAUGAAAUGUUCUGUCAGUCAGGCCAUCUAUGUCCUGCCCAUGAGUUUAAGUCAUAGAAUCAUAUACUUUUUUUGUGGGAAAGUACACAAUUGCUUCCUAAUACGAAAUACCCUCGGUCUACCAAGCGAAUGCCAAAUAUCCCAAUUCUGUCAUUUCUCUGAGUAAGAUAAUACGACUGUAAUAUUAUGCCAGCUAAAAAUAUUUUGGUAUAAUUGAAUUUCCUACUAAUAAUAGAACUUAAAAACAAUAAGCCUGCUGAACAAUUAAUCAAAUAGCUACCCGGACAAUUUGCACUUACCCCCCACCCCCCCCUUAUUUUCUUAAAACUGCAUUGUUGGUUAAUAAGGAUCUGACCCUUUUUUUCAAUUUUCGCCUAAAAUUACAUACCCAAAUCUAACUACCUGUAGCUCAGACCCAGAAGCAAGGAUAUGCAUAUUCUUGAUACCAUUUGAAAGGAAACACUUUGAAGUUUGUGGAAAUGUGAAAUUAAUGUAGGAGAAUAUAACACAUUAGAUCUGGUAAAAGAUAAUACAAACAAAAAAACAUGCGUUUUCUAUUUAUUUUUUUGUUCCGUCAUCUUUGAAAUGCAAGAGAAAGGCCACAAUAUAAUAUUGCAGUUUAGGUGCAAUUUAGUUUUUGUAUACAAAGUUUUUUGAUUGAUCCAGUGAAGCAUUGCAAUACUGGACUAUUUUGUAUCAAGUCUGCCCAAAUGUGCCGAAUUGGUCAAUUGAUACAUUUUCAAGUACAUAACUAUAGAGAACAUACAAAAAUGUAAGUUUACACACUCCCAGGAAUGUCAUACAUGAUGGAUCAUUAGCUUAUACACUAACUUUCACACAUCUAGAUGGCCGGGCGGGUUGGGUGUGGAGCCAGAGACAUCAGGGGUUCAAACUGUAGAACCCAGUUCCAUCAUUUGAAUAUAGAAAUGGAUUUUAUCAAACAAAACUAUGCUACAUUUUAUCUCUGGGACCCUUAGGAUGACAAAUCAGAGCAAGAUUACUGAAUGUAAGUACAUUAUUUACCUUCAGAGGUGAAUGUGUCAAACUAGUUGCCGUGAUACAUUUUUUGUUGUUGUGCACUCUCCUCAAACAAUAGCAUGGUAUUUUUUCACUGUAAUAGCUACUGUAAAUUGGACAGUGCUGUUAGAUUAACAAUAAUUUAAGCUUUCUGCCCAUAUAAGACAUGUCUAUGUCCUGGAAAGUUUGCUGUUACUUACAACAGUCAUGCUAAUCACAUUAGCGCACGUUAGCUCAACCGUCCCGUAUACGAGACACCGAUCCCGUAGAUGUUAAGGGCUUGUACAUGUGGCAAAUAAAAAUUGAUUUGACUUUGAUACUGUCAUUAAAAGUCUGAAUUGACCCUGUUAGUUGGUGCCUCUUAUGACAACUUCCUCGUGUGUCCCCACUGUUUAAUUUCCCAGUGAAAUACGAGAGGAUCAAGUUUUUGGUGCUGGCCCUGAAGAACUCGGUGGAGGUCUAUGCAUGGGCACCGAAGCCCUACCACAAGUUCAUGGCCUUCAAGGUGAGCAUUAAGGAAACCUAAGAUGCUUAUGGGAGCUAUUCACUUCCAUCUAUUCAAUCAGUUAUGCAGCUAUUGUGAAUUGUUAUGACAAUCAUACAAUGACACACACACACACACACUACUGUACUGUAUGUGAAUAACCUUUGCCCCCUGGUUGACCCCUGCAGUCAUUUGGUGACCUGGUGCACAAGCCCCUACUGGUUGACCUGACGGUGGAGGAGGGUCAGAGAUUAAAGGUCAUCUAUGGCUCCAGUAACGGAUUCCAUGCCGUGGACGUGGACUCAGGGGCAGUCUACGACAUCUACCUGCCCACACAUGUAAAAAACACUUGUGUCUAUGUAACCUCUCCUCCCUCAUCCCCUUCUCUCCCUCCUCUAUUUUUCCAAGGAUAACUUAAUUCAAUAAUUAACAUGGUUCCCCCUCUCUCCCUCCCUCUCUCUCCCUCCCUCUCCCUCUCCCUCUCUCCCCCUCUCCCCCUCUCCCCCUCCCUCUCUCUCUCUCUCUCCCUCUGUAGAUCCAGACCAGUAUCCAGUCCCAUGCCAUCAUCAUCCUGCCCAACACAGAUGGCAUUGAGCUGCUGGUGUGUUACGAGGACGAGGGUGUCUAUGUCAACACUUAUGGACGCAUCACCAAGGACGUGGUGCUGCAGUGGGGCGAGAUGCCCACUUCUGUGGGUAGGUGGAAACACACACACACACAUACACACACAUACAAAUACACAUACACACUCACACACAAUAGGUCCUUAAACAUGUUAACUCGGUUGCCAUACCACCGACUCACCCCCCUCUCCCCCUCUUUGUCUUUCUCUGUAGCUUAUAUCCGUUCUAACCAGAUCAUGGGCUGGGGGGAGAAGGCCAUAGAGAUCAGGUCUGUGGAAACCGGACACCUGGACGGGGUCUUCAUGCACAAGAGAGCCCAGAGACUCAAGUUCCUGUGUGAGAGGAACGACAAGGUGAGACCCCUAGACACACAUGCACGUACCAGUGUUUCCAUUAGCCGGUAAUAGCCGGCUUUUGUCCGAUUAAAAAAAAUAGAAUAUCAGAUACAUAAAAUUGGUGCCGGCCAAUUGUCCGGGAGAAUAAUAAAUAAAUCCCAUUAGGAAAUAAUGCUUAUUAGCCUAUUAAUUGAUGGAAAUACCAGUCGAUGGAAAUACAUUUGACUGGUCAUGCUUAUCGGUUUAUAGGUUAAUUAAAUUGGCGUGUGUGUACAAUAUAUUUGUUAUGUGUCUUAUUUAUCACACAAAUACAGCAUACAGAUACAGAGCCUUUGAGUGGAAAAUCUGUCAGACAUGCAAGAGCUGCAGCUGCAGCAUCUUGUGGUGUUUUCAAGACAACUGGGAACUCGGAAUUAUACAAGGUCAAAUCAUGACGUCAGUGAUCUUCAGGUCGGAAAGUCAGAGCUCUAGAAAGAGGCCCGAGUUGGAAUUCCAAGUUGGAUGACCGUUCAAAAAGAUUUUUCCCAGUCGGAGGUCGUUUUUCUUCCCAGUUCCAGGUUGUCUUGAACGCACUGAAGUCGGAAGUCUGAGAUUUCCGAGUUCCCAGGCUUCAUCAGCAGCCCACACAACUUUGCAAUGAGCUGGAGGCAGUAUGCAUUUUGAAAACAUAUACUUAAUUGUUUGAAACCUGAACGUUUUAAUACAUAUGAGGCAUGUCUCACCUUGCUUCAAAGUAGCCUAUUAGAUCACCUCUUUCUAAAUUUCUUUCUGAAACUGCUUGCAUAUGCAGUGCCUUUUAACAACAGUGUAUUCCCAAUAAUUUCAUUGUGGAACAAGCAUUCAUUUAAUUUGCGCAUAGCCUCCGCAUUGCUUCGCUUAUAAUGUGAAGAAAUAAUAGUUUAUCAACAUUUUAAGCUAAACGUUCUGAUAUGUUGCAUCAGACUCAUUACUUUAAAAAAUAUAUAUAUGUAGCCUAGGCCUACUGGUUGUAUGAAUCUGGGAUCUAUCGUCCCACAACUGUCCCAGAGUCUGUUUGGAAUAGGCUAUUUAUUUCUCGACAAGCUGACCAAUAGAAUAGGUAGCCUAAACUUUUCUACUAUAGUAGAUUGACAUAGGCUAGUGAUUUUGCUGUUCGUUACUCAUCUUGUUGGCUGUGGAAAAGUAAAUGUGGACAGUUAUUCUAACAUGUUCAAAGUGCACAUCAGAAUUUGGUAAGAAGGAACGCACAUCGUUGCAUCCUCGACAUGCAUGUUCUGUUAAUAUGAAUUACCAUAUUCUAAAUGUGAUUUCUGUCAUUCUAAGCCCCGUGGGUGGACGCCCUAAUCAGGUUACGCACCCAAUGCGUAUGGGUCCGGUAAAUUUCUCAAAUGUCCGGUAAAUUUCUCAAAUGUCCGGUAAAUUAAAAUGUUGCCUGUCAAAUGUCCGGCGACACAUUAUCCUAACGGAAACCCUGGCACGUACACACACACACUCGGAGGUAUUCUACCCAGGUUGAGGGCUGUUUACACUAAUAACUCUGUCCCUCUCAGAGCUCUGUCUCCUGUUAGUUUGUCACAAAGCGCUGACUCAUCCUGUGUCCCAGGCAGGCUCAGGACCCCAUUCAUUGAGUCUAUCAAUCUAUCAAUCAUUCCAUUAAAACACAGGGUAUUUUUAGACAGACAGCAAUUAGGCUAAAGUGGCCAUCAAAGCUAGUUUCUGACCCUUAACUCUCCUUCGUUGACUAGUAGGGUAGGCAGAGUAAUGCACAGCUAUACACCAACUAUACCCCCUGCUUCAUUAAGAAUGGCAAAAUAAGGUUUUUGUUGCCUUUUUGAAUUUCAUGUUCGGGAUUCUUUUUGCCUCUGUUGGAUUUACAGUGGGGGAAAAAAGUAUUUAGUCAGCCACCAAUUGUGCAAGUUCUCCCACUUAAAAAGAUGAGAGAGGCCUGUAAUUUUCAUCAUAGGUACACGUCAACUAUGACAGAAAAAAUGAGGAAAAAAAAUCCAGAAAAUCACAUUGUAGGAUUUUUAAUGAAUUUAUUUGCAAAUUAUGGUGGAAAAUAAGUAUUUGGUCAAUAACAAAAGUUUCUCAAUACUUUGUUAUAUACCCUUUGUUGGCAAUGACACAGGUCAAACGUUUUCUGUAAGUCUUCACAAGGUUUUCACACACUGUUGCUGGUAUUUUGGCCCAUUCCUCCAUGCAGAUCUCCUCUAGAGCAGUGAUGUUUUGGGGCUGUCGCUGGGCAACACGGACUUUCAACCCUCCAAAGAUUUUCUAUGGGGUUGAGAUCUGGAGACUGGCUAGGCCACUCCAGGACCUUGAAAUGCUUCUUACGAAGCCACUCCUUCAUUGCCCGGGCGGUGUGUUUGGGAUCAUUGUCAUGCUGAAAGACCCAGCCACGUUUCAUCUUCAAUGCCCAUGCUGAUGGAAGGAGGUUUUCACUCAAAAUCUCACGAUACAUGGCCCCAUUCAUUCUGUUCUUUACACGGAUCAGUCGUCCUGGUCCCUUUGCAGAAAAACAGCCCCAAAGCAUGAUGUUUCCACCCCCAUGCUUCACAGUAGGUAUGGUGUUCUUUGGAUGCAACUCAGCAUUCUUUGUCCUCCAAACACGACGAGUUGAGUUUUUACCAAAAAGUUAUAUUUUGGUUUCAUCUGACCAUAUGACAUUCUCCCAAUCCUCUUCUGGAUCAUCCAAAUGCACUCUAGCAAACUUCAGACGGGCCUGGACAUGUACUGGCUUAAGCAGGGGGACACGUCUGGCACUGCAGGAUUUGAGUCCCUGGCGGCGUAGUGUGUUACUGAUGGUAGGCUUUGUUACUUUGGUCCCAGCUCUCUGCAGGUCAUUCACUAGGUCCCCCCGUGUGGUUCUGGGAUUUUUGCUCACCGUUCUUGUGAUCUUUUUGACCCCACGGGGUGAGAUCUUGCGUGGAGCCCCAGAUCGAGGGAGAUUAUCAGUGGUCUUGUAUGUCUUCCAUUUCCUAAUAAUUGCUCCCACAGUUGAUUUCUUCAAACCAAGCUGCUUACCUAUUGCAGAUUCAGUCUUCCCAGCCUGGUGCAGGUCUACAAUUUUGUUUCUGGUGUCCUUUGACAGCUCUUUGGUCUUGGCCAUAGUGGAGUUUGGAGUGUGACUGUUUGAGGUUGUGGACAGGUGUCUUUUAUACUGAUAACAAGUUCAAACAGGUGCCAUUAAUACAGGUAACGAGUGGAGGACAGAGGAGCCUCUUAAAGAAGAAGUUACAGGUCUGUGAGAGCCAGAAAUCUUGCUUGUUUGUAGGUGACCAAAUACUUAUUUUCCACCAUAAUUUGCAAAUAAAUUCAUAAAAAAUCCUACAAUGUGAUUUUCUGGAUUUUUUUCUUCUCAUUUUGUCUGUCAUAGUUGACGUGUACCUAUGAUGAAAAUUACAGGCCUCUCUCAUCUUUUUAAGUGGGAGAACUUACACAAUUGGUGGCUGACUAAAUACUUUUUUCCCCCACUGUAUGUUAUACACACCAAUUAAGUGCUGAACUACCUAUUAUGUUAGAUGAGUGGAACCGACCACAAAGCAGAAGCAGCUAAACUCUGGUGGAGAGAGCUAGUCUGGCCGUAGUUUCCCCAUUUCCUGUAGAGUCUCACUGAUGGGAAAGAUGUACAGACAUUAUGUGAGGUUGAGAGAGGCUACUGCUGCUGCUGCUACUCUAUGUUCAUUAUCUAUGUAUAGUCACUUUAACUCUAUCUACAUGUACAUAUUACCUUAAUUACGUCGACUAACCUGUGCCCCCACACAUUGACUCUGUACCGGUACCCCCUGUAUAUAGCCUUGCUACUGUUAUUUUACUGCUGCUCUUUAAUUAGUUAGUAUUUGUAUUUUUUACGUAUCUAUUUUUUACUUAACACUUAUUUUUCUUAAAUGCAUUGUUAGUUAAGGGCUUGUAAGUAAGCAUUUCACUGUAAGGUCCACACGUGUUGUAUUCAGAGCAUGUGACAAAUAACAUUUGAUUUGAUUUGAUUACGUACUUUUGAAAAAAACUCCAAGGCACGCAUUGGUUAGUUGAAAAGUCCCAAUAUAAUUUUCAGUGUCUAUAUCUGGGAAUAUAGUAUUUCUGGGAAUCACCAUAUACUACAUUGAACAAAAAUAUAAACGCAACAUGUAAAGUGUUGGUCCCAUGUUUCAUGAGCUGAAAUAAAAGAUCUCAGAAAUGUUCCAUACGCACGAAAAGCAUAUUUUUCUCAAAUUUUGUGCACAAAUUAGUUUACAUCCCUGUUAGUGAGCAUUUCUCCUUUGCCAAGAUAAUCCAUCAACCUGACAGGUGUGGCAUAUCAAGAAGCUGAUUAAAGAGCAUGAUCAUUACACAAGUGCAUCUUGUGCUGGGGACAAUAAAAGGCCACUCUAAAAUGUGCAGUUUUGUCACACAACAUAAUGUUUUGUGUUGUGUAAGGGAGUGUGCAAUUGGCAUGCUGACUACAGGAAUGUCCACCAGAGCUGUGGACAGAGAAUUGAAUGUUCAUUUCUCUACCAUAAACCGCCUCAAACUUAGUUUUAGAGAAUUUGGCAGUACGUCCAACUGGUCUCCCAACCGCAGACCAUGUGUAUGGCGUCUUGUGGGUGAGCGGUUUGCUGAUGUCAACAUUGUGAACAGAGUGCCCCAUGGUGGCGGUGGGGUUAUGGUAUGGGCAGCUAUAAGCAGGUACAGUGGGGAGAACAAGUAUUUGAUACACUGCCGAUUUUGCAGGUUUUCCUACUUACAAAGCAUGUAGAGGUCUGUAAUUUUUAUCAUAGGUACACUUCAACUGUGAGAGACGGAAUCUAAAACAAAAAUCCAGAAAAUCACAUUGUAUGAUUUUUAAGUAAUUAAUUUGCAUUUUAUUGCAUGACAUAAGUAUUUGAUACAUCAGAAAAGCAGAACUUAAUAUUUGGUACAGAAACCUUUGUUUGCAAUUACAGAGAUCAUACGUUUCCUGUAGGUCUGGACCAGGUUUGCACACACUGCAGCAGGGAUUUUGGCCCACUCCUCCAUACAGACCUUCUCCAGAUCCUUCAGGUUUCGGGGCUGUCGCUGGGCAAUGCGGACUUUCAGCUCCCUCCAAAGAUUUUCUAUUGGGUUCAGGUCUGGAGACUGGCUAGGCCACUCCAGGACCUUGAGAUGCUUCUUACGGAGCCACUCCUUAGUUGCCCUGGCUGUGUGUUUCGGGUCGUUGUCAUGCUGGAAGACCCAGCCACGACCCAUCUUCAAUGCUCUUACUGAGGGAAUGAGGUUGUUGGCCAAGAUCUCGCGAUACAUGGCCCCAUACAUCCUCCCCUCAAUACGGUGCAGUCGUCCUGUCCCCUUUGCAGAAAAGAAAAAUCUGUCUGUGCCCUUAAGCAAGGCACUUAACCCUAAUUGCGCAUGUAAGUCGCUCUGGAUAAGAGCGUCUGCUAAAUGACUAAAAAUGUAAAAUGUAAAAAGCAUCCCCAAAGAAUGAUGUUUCCAACUCCAUGCUAUCAUUUUACAUUUACAUUUUAGUCAUUUAGCAGACGCUCUUAUCCAGAGCGACUUACAGGAGCAAUUAGGGUUAAGUGCCUUGCUCAAGGGCACAUUUACGUCAUUUAGCAGACGCUCUUAUCCAGAGCGACUUACAAAUUGGUGCAUUCACCCUAUAGCCAGUGGGAUAACCACUUUACAAUUUUCUUUUAUUUAUUUAUUUAUUUUUUAUUUUUUUGGGGGGUGGGGGUAGAAGGAUUAAUUUAUCCUAUCCCAGGUAUUCCUUAAAGAGGUGGGGUUUCAAAUGUCUCCGGAAGGUGGUGAGUGACUCCGCUGUCCUGGCGUCGUGAGGGAGCUUGUUCCACCAUUGGGGUGCCAGAGCAGCGAACAGUUUUGACUGGGCUGAGCGGGAACUAUGCUUCCGCAGAGGAAGGGGAGCCAGCAGGCCAGAGGUGGAUGAACGCAAUGCACUCGUUUGGGUGUAGGGACUGAUCAGAGCCUGAAGGUACGGAGGUGCCGUUCCCCUCACUGCUCCAUAGGUUGGGAUGGUGUUCUUGGGGUUGUACUCAUCCUUCUUCUUCCUCCAAACACGGCGAGUGGAGUUAAUACCAAAAAGCUCUAUUUUUGUCUCAUCAGACCACAUGACCUUCUCCCAUUCCUCCUCUGGAUCAUCCAGAUGGUCAUUGGCAAACUUCAGACGGGCCUGGACAUGCGCUGGCUUGAGCAGGGAGGCCUUGCGUGCACUGCAGGAUUUUAAUCCAUGACGGCGUAGUGUGUUACUAAUGGUUUUCUUUGAGACUGUGGUCCCAGCUCUCUUCAGGUCAUUGACCAGGUCCUGCCGUGUAGUUCUGGGCUGAUCCCUCACCUUCCUCAUGAUCAUUGAUGCCCCACGAGGUGAGAUCUUGCAUGGAGCCCCAGACCGAGGGUGAUUGACCGUCAUCUUGAACUUCUUCCAUUUUCUAAUAAUUGCGCCAACAGUUGUUGCCCUCUCACCAAGCUGCUUGCCUAUUGUCCUGUAGGCCAUCCCAGCCUUGUGCAGGUCUACAAUUUUAUCCCUGAUGUCCUUACACAGCUCUCUGGUCUUGGCCAUUGUGGAGAGGUUGGAGUCUGUUUGAGUGUGUGGACAGGUGUCUUUUAUACAGGUAACGAGUUCAAACAGGUGCAGUUAAUACAGGUAAUGAGUGGAGAACAGGAGGGCUUCUGAAAGAAAAACUAACAGGUCUGUGAGAGCCGGAAUUCUUACUGGUUGGUAGGUGAUCAAAUACUUAUGUCAUGCAAUAAAAUGCAAAUUAAUUACUUAAAAAUCAUACAAUGUGAUUUUCUGGAUUUUUGUUUUAGAUUCCGUCUCUCACAGUUGAAGUGUACCUAUGAUAAGAAUUACAGACCUCUACAUGCUUUGUAAGUAGAAAAACCUGCAAAAUCGGCAGUGUAUCAAAUACUUGUAACCAACAGAUGCAUAUCUGUAUUCCCUGUCAUGUGAAAUCAUAGAUUAGGGCCUAAUGAAUUUAUUUCAAUGUAUUUAUUUCAAUACACAUGCAAUGUUUAAUUUUCCAGAUGUUCCUAUAACAUUAAUCCAGCGUUGUGGGGACAUUGUAGUGAUGUACAUUUACAUUUACAUUUACGUCAUUUAGCAGACGCUCUUAUCCAGAGCGACUUACAAAUAGGUGCAUUCACCCUAUAGCCAGUGGGAUAACCACUUUACAAUUUAUUUUAUUUUAUUGUAUUUUUUAUUUUUUUUGGGGGGGGGGGGGGGGGGGGGGGGGGGGUAGAAGGAUUACUUUAUCCUAUCCCAGGUAUUCCUUAAAGAGGUGGGGUUUCAAAUGUCUCCGGAAGGUGGUGAGUGACUCCGCUGUCCUGGCGUCGUGAGGGAGCUUGUUCCACCAUUGGGGUGCCAGAGCAGCGAACAGUUUUGACUGGGCUGAGCGGGAACUAUGCUUCCGCAGAGGAAGGGGAGCCAGCAGGCCAGAGGUGGAUGAACGAAAUGCCCUCGUUUGGAUGUAGGGACUGAUCAGAGCCUGAAGGUACAGAGGUGCCGAUCCCCUCACAGCUCCAUAGGCAAGCACCAUGGUCUUGUAACAGAUGCGAGCUUCAACUGGAAGCCAGUGGAGUGUGCGGAGGAGCGGGGUGACGUGAGAGAACUUGGGAAGGUUGAACACCAGACGGGCUGCGGCAUUCUGGAUGAGUUGUAGGGGUUUAAUGGCACAGGCAGGGAGCCCAGCCAACAGCGAGUUGCAGUAAUCCAGACGGGAGAUGACAAGUGCCUGGAUUAGGACCUGUGCCGCUUCCUGUGUAAGGCAGGGUCGUACUCUCCGAAUGUUGUAGAGCAUGAACCUGCAGGAUCGGGUCACCGCCUUGAUGUUAGCGGAGAACGACAGGGUGUUGUCCAGGGUCACGCCAAGGCUCUUCGCACUCUGGGAGGAGGACACAAUGGAGUUGUCAACCGUGAUGGCGAGAUCAUGGAACGGGCAGUCCUUCCCCGGGAGGAAGAGCAGCUCCGUCUUGCCAAGGUUCAGCUUGAGGUGGUGAUCCGUCAUCCAUACUGAUAUGUCUGCCAGACAUGCAGAGAUGCGAUUCGCCACCUGGUUAUCAGAAGGGGGAAAGGAGAAGAUUAGUUGUGUAUCGUCAGCGUAGCAAUGAUAGGAGAGGCCAUGUGAGGAUAUGACAGAGCCAAGUGACUUGGUGUAUAGGGAGAAUAGGAGAGGGCCUAGAACUGAGCCCUGGGGGACACCAGUGGUGAGAGCACGUGGUGCGGAGACAGCUUCUCGCCACGCCACUUGGUAGGAGCGACCGGUCAGGUAGGACGCGAUCCAGGAGUGAGCCGCGCCGGAGAUGCCCAGCUCGGAGAGGGUGGAGAGGAGGAUCUGAUGGUUCACAGUAUCAAAGGCAGCAGACAGGUCUAGAAGGACAAGAGCAGAGGAGAGAGAGUUAGCUUUAGCAGUGCGGAGAGCCUCCGUGACACAGAGAAGAGCAGUCUCAGUUGAAUGACCAGUCCUGAAACCUGACUGGUUUGGAUCAAGAAGGUCAUUCUGAGAGAGAUAGCACAUGUACAGUCCGUUUCCUGCAGGCUUGGAUGUCAGUCAGGCUUGGGUGUUUUUCUCCAGUGUUUCUAAUAUGCUACUCUAAUUUAUGUCUUCUCUAUGUAUGACAGGAAGUCCUGUAUUUUCCUGAAGGUUUUUUUUCUUUGAAUAAGCUAAAGUAAUUUAAAGAUUUUCUGUAGUAUUUUCUCACUACAUCCUUCUCCCUGUCUGACUGAAUUCUUGAAGAGGAGAGUGAGAAAAAGCCCCCAUCUUCUGGGAAGGCUUUUCAAAUCAAAUCAGAUUGUAUUUGUCACAUGCGCCAAAUAGUGUAGACCUUAAAAGGUGUAGAAAGGUGUAGACCUUACCGUGAAAUGCUUACUUACAAGCCCUUAACCAUAAAUGCAGUUCAAGAAAUAGAGUUAAGAAAAUAUUUAUUAAAUAAAGUAAAAAAUAAAAAGUAACACAAUAAAAUAACAUAACAAUAGAUUGGGGGUAGAAGCUGUUAAGGAGCCUUUUGGACCUAGACUUGGCGGUCCUGUACCGCUUGCCGUUUGGUAACAGAGAGAACAGUCUAUGACUUGGGUGACUGGAGUCGUUGACAAUUUUUUGGGCCUUCCUCUGACACCGCCUAGUAUAUACACUGCCGGUCAAAAGUUUUAGAACACCUACUCAUUCAAGGGUUUUUCUUUUCUUUUUACUAUUUGCUACAUUGUAGAAUAAUUUUGAAGACAUCAAAACGAUUAAAUAACAAAUAUGGAAUCAUGUAGUACCCAAAAAAGUGUUAAACAAAUCAAAAUAUAUUUUAUUUCAAAUAGCCACCCUUUGCCUUGAUGACAGCUUUGCACACUCUUGGCAUUCUCUCAACCAGCUUCACCUGGAAUGCUUUUCCAACAGUCUUGAAGGAGUUCCCACAUAUGCUGAGCACUUGUUGGCUGCUUCUCCUUCACUCUGCGGUCCGACUCAUCCCAAACCAUCUCAAUUUGCUCAUAUUUCUUGGCUUAAGCAAGUCUCUUCUUAUUAUUGGUGUCCUUUAGUGGUGGUUUCUUUGCAGCAAUUCGACCAUGAAGGCCUGAUUCACACAGUCCCCUCUGAACAGUUGAUGUUGAGAUGUGUCUGUUACUUGAACUCUGUGAAGCAUUUAUUUGGCCUGCAAUUUCUGAGGCUGGUAACUCUAAUGAACUUAUCCUUUGCAGCAGAGGUAACUCUGGGUCUUUCAUUCCUGUGGCGGUCCUCAUGAGAGCCAGUUUCAUCAUAGCGCUUGAUGGUUUUUGCGACUGCACUUGAAGAAAUUUUCAAAGUUCUUGAAAUGUUCCGUAUUGACUGACCUUCAUGUGUUAAAGUAAUGAUGGACUGUCGUUUCCCUUUGCUUAUUUGAGCUGUUCUUGCCAUAAUAUGGACUUGGUGUUUUACCAAAUAGGACUAUUUUCAGUAUACCCCCCCCCCCCCCCCCCCCCCCACCUGGUCACAACACAACUGAUUGGCUCAAACGCAUUAAUAAGGAAAGAAAUUCCACAAAUGUAACUUUGAAGAAGGCGCACCUGUUAAUUGAAAUGCAUUCCAGGUAACUACCUCAUGACGCAUGGUGAUCUUCGGCUUGUGGCGGCUGCUUGGCCAUGGAAACCCAUUUCAUGAAGCUCCCGACGAACAGUUAUUGUGCUGACUUUGCUUCCAGAGGCAGUUUGGAACUCGGUAGUGAGUGUUGCAACUGAGGACAGACAAUUUUUAUGUCCUACGCGCUUCAGCACUCGGCGAUCCCGUUCUGUGAGCUUGUGUGGCCUGCCACUUCGCGGCUGAGCCGUUGUUGCUCCUAGACGUUUCCACUUCACAAUAACAGCACAUACAGUUGAACGGGGCAGCUCUAGCAGGGCAGAAAUUUGACGAACUGACUUGUUGGAAAGGUGCCGUUUUAUGACGGUGCCACGUUGAACGUCACUGAGCUCUUCAGUAAGGCCAUUCUACUGUCAAUGUUUGUCUAUGGAGAUUGCGUGGCAGUGUGCUCAAUUUUAUACACCUGUCAGCAAUGGGUGUGGUUGAAAUAGCUGAAUCCAUUCAUUUGAAGGGGUGUCCACAUACUUUUGUAUUAUAGUGUAUAUACUUCUGGGAAGUUGUUAGACAAUCCAGAGACCACUGAACUUCUCUCUUGGGUUUGACUUCUUGAUGUUUGAUAUAGCUAGGGCUUUACCAUACAUUGUUUGGGUUGUAUUACUGACUGCUUAUACAGGAAUUCUCUGCGUGGUUGUCACUAUUGUUCCCUUAUGAUUCAUGACAACACACUUUAUUUCCUUUUUACAAUGGAUCAGUGAUUUGUAAAUGACUCAAUCAGAAAAACAUGAUGGUCGUAUGCAUCUCUGUGUAAGAAGUUCACCCCUACCUUUAUGAUGUCUCACCGAUGAUGUGUCACUGAUUAGUUUCGUUAUUUAUUGACGUGUGUGUGUGUUCCCAUCCACAGGUGUUCUUUGCCUCGGUGCGGUCCGGAGGAGCCAGCCAGGUGUACUUUAUGACCCUGGGGCGUACCUCUCUGCUCAGCUGGUAGAGAGAGACCAUGCCCCCUCUACACUGGAAACCAACCAACCGCGUUUUACCUGACGUUCAGUGAUGCCAACGGACAAAAGCCAACCACCUCCGACUUAGCUAUGACCUUUGACCCGGAGCAUCAUGUUAUAUUGAGGAUACACACAACAUCCAGAUGCCGUCGCCCCAGCCAUGAAUACCAGAUA